AUGACACCUGUCAAGAACAACUCAUCGUCUCAGCGGUGGACCUGCACCUCUCAUUCAAUCGUAAUACUACUGCUGUCGGCGAUCCUUCAGCUAGGCCUACUGAUCUACGCCCAACAUGUGGAUUCGCAUCCUGAAAGAUAUGGUGGGUUGAAAUAUACCGAUGUGGAUUGGCGAGUCAUCAGUGAUGGGACGGGAUUGAUCUUCAAUCCCAACGAGGAGGAAGGCAAUAUAGCUGGUGGAUGGCUGGUGAGGCAGCUUGGCUUGAGGAUAGGAGAUCCAUAUGAACGAUCCACCUUUCGAUAUACUCCUCUUCUCCCUCUCUUGAUCUCACCUACCCUCUUUCAUCCCUUACUAGGCAAAUCAAUUUUGGUUCUAGCUUCUUUGGCAAUAUCGCACCUACUCGUAAAGUUAAGUGAAGAAGGGUCGUUCUGGUUAAUUCACGGUGUAUGGACAUUAAACCCUUUCGUUUUGAAUAUCAAUACGAGGGGAUCACCCGAAUCGCUCAUUUGUCUCUUUGUGAUUCUCACCUUGUAUCACCUUAAGAAUGGAAAUACAAAGAGGGGUGCAAUAUGGUUAGGAAUCGCUGUUAGUUGGAAGAUAUAUCCUGUCAUUUACGUUCCGACCAUAUGGUCUUAUUUAGCUGUUACUCGAAGAUAUGGAUGGUUUGGAAAGAGGAUAUGGGAAUUUGGGAUCGUGUGUGCUUUGACGGUUUUAGUGAUUAAUGGGUUUUUAUGGUCAAUCUGGGGCGAACCAUUCCUCCACCACACAUACCUAUACCACCUCACAAGAUUAGACCACCGGCAUAAUUUCUCACCUUAUUUUUAUCCUAUCUACCUAUCUUUAUUUUCUUCAACCAGCAAACCCUCAACGUACAUGAUAACGACACUUCCUGGAAUCGAUGCCGUACAAAAGAUACUUAGACACCCUUUAACCUCUUUCUUGCCUCAAAACACUCUGGUCAUAUCAAGUGGAUUCGCCUUGGGGACAGUGACUUCCAUUGAAUUUACGAUGUUCGUUCAGACUACUGUGUUUGUGGUGUUUAAUAAAGUGUGUACUUCUCAGUAUUUCAUGUGGUUCAUCCCUUUCCUCCCACUGAUCAUCCCUCAACUCCACAUGACUCGAACCGAAACUACCAUCUUGAUAGCUCUUUGGGUGAUAGGCCAGGCGAUCUGGUGUUCUAUGGCAUAUCGAUUGGAGUUCUUGGCUGGACAGGUGUUUUUAUGGGUCUGGGCGGCAGGAUUGGGUCUGUUCGGAGUUAGUAUUUGGAUAAUCGGUGAGAUGCUGGAUGGGUAUGGGUAUGGAAAAGGGGGUGUAUCGUCGCCGAAAGUAAAAGUUCAGUGA